AUGUCUCACAAGCCCGAGAUCACUCCAAAUGAAGGAGAUAAACGUCUCAGAGACUGCGCUACUCAUUCCACCUCUUCCAAUAUCCAGACGUACACCCACUUCAACACAAUCACUUCGAUACAAAAUACGUUCCCCAUCCGGCCAAACCCAGAACAUAUACAGAGUCACGGAUCAGCAUCUGCAACCCAAGACAAAGAGGUCAUGCACGCAACCCCAUCCCUCGCUGUGAUAGGGUCGCCACGCCGUCGGGAAGCCCCCAACGUGCAUGCUGCACCAAAAACCGAGCCAAUGACAGCGGCAAUCACCUGCAUAACGCAAAUUCACCCCGCUGGGACCUCAAGCGUGACAUCAAUGGCCGUCAUUGGGGAGACAGUACCUGCUUUGGCGUACAGCUAA